AUGCCAGCGAAACUGCCACGUCUCGAUUUGCCUACUUUUUUAGGACAGUACGAAGAUUGGGAUAGUUUCGAAGAUAUCUUUAUCUCUCUUGUGCACGAUACACCGCGGCUCAAAGACGCUACUAAAUUGCAAUACCUCAAGUCUUGUUUGAAAAGUGUUGCAACCGAGUUGGUAAAAGACGUUACACUUGUGGGAGUCAAUUACGCGUCGACUUGGCAGACCCUGAGUGCUCGAUUCCGCGACCCGCGUUUAGCUAUAAACAACCUUCUCGAUUCGCUCUUUAGCUUACCCUACUUAAAGAAGGAGUCCGCGACUGAUUUGCGCGCCUUUGUCGACGAAACUCAAAAAAUUAUUCGUGCCCUUUCAAAUCUUAAAACUCCAAUGGCGUACUGGGAUAUGUGGCUUGUCCAUAUUCUCGAAGCUAGACUAGGACUCUGA